AUAUAAAUAUCGUAUAUAAAACGAACAGUUAAUUAAAAAUGACAUUGACAUCUGCAGACGUCUCUAUCCCCUCUAGGUCCCCCCUGGGCAGCUUUCGGGAAGCCUCUGACAGAGUCUUACUUGUAUUCAGGGGCCGGCGAGUUGUGUGACACAAACCUCCAAGAAAACGCCAACAUUACGACAGGAGGCGUGAAGAUCCAUGCUCAGAAUGCCAGUUCUGCUCGCACAAGACACCCAGGCGGACCGAUAGACCAUUUUAUUCCUUCCAGCCUGCAGAAAUUCUAAGACUCGUAAUGGGCACAAUGAUGGGUCCAUCUAAUACACGGUUUCUAAGGAUUCGCUCCCUUUUCUUUACUCUCCGGAUCCCCCCCCCGCAGCUCAAAUCUGCGUGAAGUAAGAUUUCUUCUCUCCCGGGGCUUAUGCCGUCAUCACUAUACCGCAAUCCACGCGCGCAACAUCAUGAGCGUCGUCGACGAUAACUCCUCCGUGGCCCUGGCCAUGGCAGGUUUUGCCGGCGUGUCCUGGUGCCUCGGUAUCGAGAUCAACGUAUCUCUGUUCCUGCUCUUCAAGCGGCGGCGCGGUCUCUACUUCUGGGCCUGCGCCCUCGGGAUAUGGGGUGUCAUCUUGCAGACUUUGUUCAUCGUCCUCGCGGACUUCGGCAUAUGGACCGAAAAGGUGACGCCCAUCGCCUUGAUCUAUUUAACUUGGGCGAUGAUGGUUAUUUCUCAGUCGUGGAUCCUGUUCUCGCGACUACAUCUCAUAUUGCAACAACCGAGAGUAUUAAGUUGGAUACGGGUAGUAUUGAUAUUCACCUCGAUUGUCGUCGGCACAAUUACCAUCGUAUUAGGCACCGUUGCGCAAACCGUCAACCACGCCCUCUUCCCCGCGAACAACAUAUGGGACCGGUUCCAAACCGGCGUAUUCUUCGUGCAAGAGACCACCCUCAGCAUCCUCUACAUCUGGCACACGCGCCUGUAUCUGCGCGACCUAGCCCCCCUCCUCCAAACCCGCGGCCCAUCAUCCUCCCUCACCAGCACGACCACGACCACGACCACAACCAUCACCAACCCCUACACCCGCUCUUCCUCAUCCUCUGACGCGGCCACACCACCAUCCCGCAUCACCAAGAAAAAAACAAUGCUGCACCAGCUGCUCUACAUAAACGUCCUCGUAAUCUGCCUCGACGUCGCCCUCCUCGGCAUCCAGAACGCCGACCUGUUCUACCUGGCCGGCGCCUUCAAGCCCGCCGUCUACGGCGUCAAGCUGAAGCUCGAGUUCGUCGUCCUGAACCGCCUGAUCAAGAGCCUGCCGGGCCGCGCCGCCGGGAGCACCACCGUCGAGAGCCCGGCCGCGAGAGGAGGCGGCGGCGGCGGCGGCGUCGACGUAUCUCGGCCGUGGGAUGCCUACUAUAGCCCGACGAAGCCGCGCGCAGCGGAAAGCGCUUUCGACGUGAGGUGUCUGGAUGCGAACCGAUAUGCGCCCGCCUCGCUACCGCCACGUCUUGCAACUAGCGCCCAAGGAUGCGUCGAGGAAGCAAAGGUUUGAGUUUUUAUAGAUAGACUUGUGAUUUCUAAGACAAAUUCGUAUUGUUGUGUAUAAUACCCAGGUCAUUAAGUCGGGUUCAUUAUGAAGGCAUCGUACAGGAACUCGAGCAGGGUGCUAGUACUUUCUUGAGAGUAUCUCUUAGUUCCUGCUUGUCUAGCGAGUUAUUCCCACUAUAGUCGAGGGUGCUAGCAUUGUACCAUAAUCCACUGGACCUUUUUGUGGUGCUAAAUGUCUAACCAUCAGUUCAAUACAAGAGUUACCCAUUGAUGGGUCUUCUUGAAUUUCGUGUACAUUCACU